GACGAAAACAAAAUGGCCGCGCCCAUGGUGUGAAAAACGCUCUGACUCCAGGUCGUCGAAUAUUUACGUCAGAUACCUUCCGUUCCAGUUGCCCUCUCAAACAGGAAGAUGUUUCCUAGACUUCAGGGAGUCCUGUGCCGUCACGGACCGGCCCAAACCCCCGGUAUGCCGGCGUCGGCGCCGGUUGUGUUGCAGUUCGUGCGAUUUCGGAAACCCCGACACGUCCCGCGAGCGCCGUCUAAGGCCAACUACGUCCGCAAACUCACGCCGAUAGACCCGGAGGAACACACUUACUUAAAGACGGCGUACAACAACUACAAGACUCACUUCCGGGCUGUCAGGAAUAUGUUUUUAGAAGAGUACCUCGCCAGGAAGCGUCAGGAGGAGGGAGCGGACACGGCGAAGAGAGAGAAGGAGGAAGACGAGGAGCACUUCAGACUCAUGGAGUGGAACAGGAGAGAAAACGAACGGAUGCAUCAGGAAAGGUUGGUGCGAGAACAAAGGGUAGCCCUGGAAAGAGAAAAGGCAGACCUGGAGACAUCCAUCUGGAAAGAACAGAGGGAACAAGAGAUAGUGGAAAAGAUGGAUGAACUUAUCAGACUGGAAAAGGAGGCAAGUCAACACUUUAUUACGUUAGACAACGUCGAAGAAGCCAUCGAAUCUGCUCUCUCCGAUCCUAAGAACUACAACUUUGCAGUGGACAGAGAUGGCAACAUCGUUCAAAAGACACCCUUUGCUGGAUAACAACCCAAGGCUUAUUCCUGGACAUAUUUUCCCAUCAAUUUGCACAACUUAACUGAGCUUACAGAAACGCUAAACAAACUAACAACACUGGUUUCAAAGGGAUGCACUGAGGUAUUCAUGCAUACAUGGACUUGGAUUUGUUACUUAUAACAUUGAGUCUGGGUGGUAUUUUUUGUCCAAAAGGCACCCAGAGUUAAAUACCUAGAGAGACAAUUUGACUCUGAACUGAACCAUGCGAAAAUGAGCACCAAGAGACCAGGUCUAGCGAGAUAUUAGACAUGAAGCAAGGAAACAACAACAAACCAAGAAAUUGGAGAUUUCAGAUUUCUGGAAGUAUUUUGAGUUGUUGUGACUUUCACGUUCACCCCAUUUCCUGUGUCUGACAUUUUGAUCUGCCAUUUUUUCUGAUAAUCUUACCCCCACCCAUGAUCAUGAGCUGUCUACCUACCCUCUCCUGACAGACACACAAACCCACAGCUCAGCCUCUCAAAACAAUACUUCCAUACAGGCAAGUGAUAAUAUGGAUAUAAUAAAAUCAAAAUGAAACAUUGAGUCAGCAAACAGCACACAAAUGUUGUGGCAAUGAUUUAUUUUUUUCAAUCACAUUACCAGUCAGUGAGUGAGUUAUAUACAGUUGAUGGCUAGUAUACAUGUACAGUUUGUAAUAAUGUUCUUUCAUUAUACUUAUUGUCUUAUA